AUGGAGGACCAGUGGCUGCAUGCCUGGGGCCUGGGCUUGGUCGGCUGCUUGGCCGGCCAGUUGGCUUGCGGCGGAUCUACUGUAGGCGCCAGCUGUCUAUGGUUGGGUGCAAGGAUACUGGGAGCAGCAGGACGGCCAAGUCGUGAUGGGGAUUGGUUGAACGCCGGCUGCAAGCCCGCUAGGAUGAAACGGAGCAUGGGAGUCUCGGAAUGGUGUGAGUUUGGCUGGUACUGGGCCAAGUUUACUGUGUUAGCCUGGGCUGGACCUUGUUGGCUUCUUCUAUGGGCUGGUAUUGGUACAUGGGGUCUUGGCUUCUACUUGGGCUGGACCUGGGCUGCAGCCCCCCCAGCCCGGGCUCUAAGAUCCAUCCCCGUCAGUGAUGACAAUGUCAUGGUGACAACCAGAGCACUUCUGUUCAUAUGCCAUAUUAUGAUAGAAGAGCUUGCUGCCAUGGUGCAAAAGAGUAAGCAUUUAGUGGUGUUUACUGGGGCCGGGAUAUCAACUUCGUCAGGCAUACCUGAUUUUCGAGGGCCCAAGGGUGUCUGGACCUUGCAGCGUGCAGGAAAAGGUGUUCCUAAUGCAUCACUUCCCUUCCAUCGUGCUGUUCCAAGUUUGACUCAUAUGGCACUAGUCGAACUGGAAAGAGCAGGAUUUCUAAAGUUCGUCAUAAGCCAGAAUGUUGACAGCCUACAUCUCCGUUCUGGUUUCCCAAGGGAGAAGCUGGCUGAAUUACAUGGCAAUUCUUUCAAGGAGAUCUGCCCAUGCUGUAAAACUGAGUACCUUCGUGAUUUUGAGAUUGAGACAAUAGGACUGAAGGAUACUCCAAGGCGUUGUUCUGAUAAGAAUUGUGGAGCUAGAUUAAAAGAUACAGUUCUUGACUGGGAUGAUGCUUUACCCCCUGAGGAGAUGAAUUCGGCCAAGGAGCAUUGUCGAUCAGCUGAUCUUGUCUUAUGUCUAGGAACUAGCUUGCAGAUUACUCCUGCAUGUAAUAUGCCUCUGAUGUCAAUCAAGAAUGGGGGGAGGGUGGCUAUUGUAAAUCUUCAGGCAACUCCAAAGGAUAAAAAGGCAAGCCUUGUCAUCCAUGGACUUGUUGAUAAGGUCAUUGCUGGAGUCAUGAGCAAGUUGAGUCUACGAAUUCCUCCAUAUAUACGUACUGACUUUGUUCAGCUCACUCUCAGGCACUCAGUGAAAAAGAAAUGUGUUAGAUGGACUCUUCGAGUAACAAGUAUUCAUGGCCUCCGAGCACCGUUGCCAUUUCUUCAAUCUGUCAAGGUUUCCUUUCCAGAAAGACCUGACAUGAAAUCUGUAGUGCUUAAAGAGCAACCAUUCUCUUUGCAGAGGGAAACAUCAAUGAAUAAACCAUUUUUCAUGCUGUUGACAUUAAAUUUCAGUGAUGGUUGCAGCUGCUUGAGCUCAUCAAUCGGAUGGCCUGUUGAUUUUCAGAAGCAAAAAGAUAGCUUCGUCAGAGAUAAAGCUCUAGUCCUACGGGAGUUGCACUCUGCUGCAGAGCAGGAGUCUUGCGCUGGGCAACAAGAAAUUCUGGAAAGAGAGAGCCUGCCAAGAGCUGAGACAUCUAUUCAUGGAAUUGUAACAAACAUCGCCAGGUAUGACAUUGAUGAUGAAAAGUUGGCUCCACCCAAGGAUGAUUUGAUGAAUCACAGCCACAGCAACCCUGCAAAACGGCACAUGGAAGGCACUGAUUGCCACUCGCCACUGCCAAAGAAACUGAAGUACUUUUCGAAAGACGAGAAGCUGAACUGCUAA